GGGCCCGCGGCAGGGCCCGGGCGCGGCGCGGAGGAGGCCCGGGACCGCUGCAGCACCGCAGGAGUCGGCCCAAGAAGAAAAUGAAAAUCUUCUCUGAGUCUCAUAAAACUGUUUUUGUUGUGGAUCACUGCCCAUAUAUGGCAGAAUCCUGUAGACAGCAUGUUGAAUUUGAUAUGUUAGUAAAGAACCGGACCCAAGGAAUCAUACCUCUAGCACCCAUAUCAAAAUCAUUAUGGACCUGUUCAGUGGAAUCGUCUAUGGAGUACUGCAGAAUAAUGUAUGACAUUUUUCCUUUCAAGAAACUGGUGAAUUUCAUUGUGAGUGAUUCUGGAGCUCAUGUUUUGAAUUCUUGGACCCAAGAAGACCAGAACUUGCAAGAGUUAAUGGCAGCCUUAGCAGCUGUGGGGCCACCUAAUCCUCGGGCAGAUCCAGAAUGCUGCAGCAUACUUCAUGGGCUGGUUGCUGCAGUUGAAGCACUUUGCAAAAUAACAGAGUACCAACACGAGGCUCGAACCAUGCUCAUGGAGAAUGCAGAACGUGUUGGAAAUAGAGGGAGAAUAAUCUGUAUUACUAAUGCAAAAAGUGACAGUCAUGUUCGGAUGCUUGAGGAUUAUGUUCAGGAAACCAUUCAUGAACAUAAUAAGCUUGCAGCUAACUCAGAUCACCUGAUGCAGAUCCAGAAAUGUGAAUUGGUCUUAAUCCACACGUACCCAGUUGGUGAAGACAGCCUUGUUUCAGAUCGCCCUAAAAAAGAGCUUUCACCUGUUUUAACCAGUGAGGUGCACAGUGUCCGUGCAGGACGGCAUUUAGCUACGAAACUGAAUGUUUUAGUCCAGCAACACUUUGAUCUGGCUUCCACCACAAUAACCAACAUUCCUAUGAAGGAAGAACAGCAUGCUAACACAUCAGCCAACUAUGAUGUGGAGCUUCUUCAUCACAAAGAAGCACAUGUUGACUUUUUGAAGAGUGGUGAUAAUCACGUAGGUGGCAGCAGCAGAGAGGGCGCAUUUAAAGAAACUGUGACGUUAAAAUGGUGUACUCCUCGAACAAAUAGUGUGGAAUUGCACUACUGCACUGGAGCAUACAGAAUUUCACCAGUAGAUGUAAAUAGCAGACCAUCUUCAUGCCUUACAAACUUUCUCCUUAAUGGUCGUUCUGUUUUGUUGGAACAGCCACGCAAGUCUGGCUCGAAAGUAAUUAGUCACAUGCUCAGCAGCCAUGGAGGAGAAAUUUUUCUGCAUGUAUUAAGCAGCUCACGGUCAAUUCUAGAAGAUCCCCCAUCAAUUAGUGAAGGCUGCGGUGGGAGAGUUACUGAUUACCGGAUUACAGAUUUUGGUGAAUUUAUGAGGGAAAACCGAUUAACUCCUUUUCUAGAACCCAGAUAUAAGAUUGAUGGAAGUCUUGAAAUUCCACUGGAACGUGCAAAAGAUCAAUUAGAGAAACAUACUCGUUACUGGCCUAUGAUUAUUUCUCAGACUACCAUCUUCAAUAUGCAAGCUGUAGUGCCAUUAGCCAGUGUGAUUGUAAAAGAAGCAAUGACAGAUGAGGAUGUAUUGAAUUGUCAAAAAACAAUAUACAAUUUGGUAGAUAUGGAGAGGAAAAAUGAUCCGCUGCCAAUUUCAACAGUUGGUACCAGAGGAAAGGGUCCUAAAAGAGAUGAACAGUAUCGGAUUAUGUGGAAUGAAUUGGAAACUCUGGUACGAGCACACAUUGGCAACUCUGAUAAGCACCAGCGGGUCUUGGAGUGUUUGAUGGCUUGCAGAAGCAAACCCCCAGAGGAAGAAGAACGCAAGAAACGAGGCAGAAAGAGAGAAGACAAAGAAGACAAGUCAGAGAAGUCAGGAAAGGACUAUGAAACAGAUAAGCCAUGGCAAGAAUCAGAAAGGUUAAAAAGUCUCUUGGAUCGUGAAAAAGAAGAACUAGCAGAAGCAGAAGUUAUAAAAGAUUCCCCCGAUUCUCCUGAGCCCCCCAACAAAAAGCCUCUUAUAACAAUGGAUGAAAUGCCUGUAGUGGAAAAGGCAAAAGGGCCAAUGUCCUUGCUGUCUUUAUGGAGCAACAGGAUUAAUACUGCCAAUUCUAGGAAACACCAAGAAUUUAUUGGUCGUUUGAACUCUGUCAACAACAAAGCUGAGCUGUACCAACAUCUGAAAGAAGAAAAUGGAAUGGAAACGACAGAGAAUGGAAAAACUGGACGACAGUGAUUUUGUUCAAACAGAAUUUGGCUAAAUUGCACGGGGG